UAAAAAUUUCGGCCAUUUAAUAUUCAAACCUCAGACUAACGACAUGCUUAUUCAUAAAAAUUAUUGAUCUGUUCACGUCUUCUCAAUUUCGCAAAAAUAUGUACUCUCUCGACUGAUCUUUUCUCUCUAUAUAUAUAUAUCUCGAGGCAUAGAUUAAUAAAUUGUCAAAAAUUAACAAAAACCCUUAAAAAAAUAAUGGCUAGACAACAAAUGCAGGUGCUUACCGCACUCGAUUCAGCCAAAACGCAAUGGUACCAUUUCACCGCAAUAGUGAUAGCCGGAAUGGGGUUCUUCACUGACGCCUACGACCUCUUCUGCAUCUCUCUCGUCACCAAGCUCCUCGGCCGCAUAUACUACCACCGCGACGGCGCCGCCAACCCCGGCACGCUUCCCCCGAACGUCUCCUCCGCCGUCAACGGCGUCGCCUUCUGCGGCACGCUGGCGGGGCAGCUCUUCUUCGGGUGGCUCGGCGACAAAUUAGGCCGGAAAAGAGUGUACGGGAUGACGCUCAUGCUGAUGAUCAUAUCCUCCGCCGCCUCGGGGCUGUCGUUCGGCGCCACGCCGAAGGCCGUCAUGGCCACCCUCUGCUUCUCCCGCUUCUGGCUCGGCUUCGGCAUCGGCGGCGACUACCCGCUCUCCGCCACCAUCAUGUCGGAGUACGCCAAUAAGAAAACCCGCGGCGCCUUCGUCGCCGCCGUCUUCGCGAUGCAGGGGUUCGGGAUCCUGACCGGCGGGAUGGUGGCGAUCGCGGUGGCGGCGGCGUUCGAGGCCGCGUUCCCGGCCCCCGCGUACGAACACGGCGGCGGCGCGUCCACAGCCCCGGAAGCCGACUACGCGUGGCGCGUGAUACUCAUGUUCGGCGCGCUCCCGGCGGCCCUGACCUACUACUGGCGCGCGAAGAUGCCGGAGACCGCGCGGUACACGGCGCUGGUGGCGAGGAACGCGAAGCGGGCGGCGGCGGACAUGUCGAAGGUGCUGCAGGUGGAGAUAGAAGCCGAGCAGGAGAAAAUGAAUGACUCUACGAAUGCAUUCGGAUUGUUCUCGAAACAAUUCCUCCGCCGCCACGGGCUGCAUUUGCUCGGCACGACGACGACGUGGUUCCUGCUCGACAUCGCCUUCUACAGUCAGAACCUUUUCCAGAAGGACAUCUUCACAGCGAUCGGGUGGACCCCGCCGCCGAAGACGAUGAACGCCAUGGAAGAGAUGUACAGAAUCGCUCGAGCUCAAACCCUAAUCGCGCUGUGCAGCACCGUGCCUGGUUACUGGUUCACCGUGGUUUUCAUCGACAGGAUCGGGCGUUUCGCGAUCCAGUUCAUGGGGUUCUUCUUCAUGACGGCGUUCAUGUUCGCGCUAGCGAUCCCUUACGAUCACUGGACUCGCAGCGAGAACAGAAUCGGUUUCGUGAUCAUGUACUCGUUGACCUUCUUCUUCGCGAAUUUCGGGCCGAACGCGACGACGUUCGUGGUGGCGGCGGAGAUAUUUCCGGUGAGAUUGAGGGCGACGUGCCACGGGAUAUCGGCGGCGGCGGGGAAGGUGGGGGCGAUGGUGGGGGCGUUCGGGUUCCUGUACGCGGCGCAGGCGAGGGAGGCGGGGAAGGCGGAGGCGGGGUAUCCGGCGGGGAUGGGGGUGAGGAACGCGCUGAUGGUGCUGGGGUGCGUGAACGCGUUGGGGAUGGCGUUGACGCUGCUGGUGCCGGAGUCGAAGGGGAGGUCGUUGGAGGAGAUGUCGAUGGAGAAUGAGGAAGAGUUGCAGAGGGAGAUUAGGACAGUGCCGGUUUAGUUUGAGCAAACUAAAUGUGGGUUUACGUUAAUGUCUUGUUAAUUUUUAUGUGUGCUUGUAAUUUUCGUAUUGUGAAGUUUGCACGUAACGAGUUAUGACAAGCUAAUACCAUAUAUGAGUACUACGUAUUGUAGAGGGUUUUUUUUUU